GGUACGGUAUUGGAUUUAUACUUCAUUCAGUAGCCUCAUUAGCCAACGUCAUUAUCAAAAUCUCGUGCUACAAUCCGUGCCCACGUGCGCCGUCGCGAACCGCCCCAUGGGGAAGAAGAAGAAUGUUAGGCUCGCUGCUCGGAGCAGCUUUUCGAGCGUUCAAGUCCGUUUGCUUAUGGACUCCGGUCGUGUUCGCUCUUUCGUUGUUCGCCGAGGCGUACUACGCCUACGUGUUCGUCUUCUGCGGUGUGGUCGUGAAGGAGGACGCCCUGUGUUUCGCGCUGGCCGCAGUGUUCCACCUGCUGCUCUUCUUCUGCCUCUGGUCGUUCGCGCAGACCACCUUCACGUCCCCGGCACGCGUGCCGCCCUACUUCCACAUCAGCGACGACGAGCGCCGGGACCUGGCGCACGCCUCCCGGAACCCGACUCGCCGGGCGGCUCUGUUUGAAGCCAUGGCAACCAAGCGGGGCGUCCUUACACGGGUCCCCGGCGGCGGCGGCGUCAACUACUGCGACCCGUGCCAGCGGAUAAAGCCAGACCGCUGCCAUCACUGCUCGACCUGCGAAAGGUGCAUCCUGAAGAUGGACCACCACUGCCCGUGGUUCAACAACUGCGUCUGUUUCAAUACGUAUAAGUUCUUCCUGCUCACGCUGUUUUACAUCGGCCUGCUGUGCGUCUACGUGUUCUUCAGCGUGUCCGUCUACAUGUGGCGCCAGAACAUGCACCACCGGCUGCUUUUGCAGUCGCUGCACACCAUGUUCCUCAUGACUGUCGGAGCGGCUGCAUUCCUCUCGGUCGGCUCCUUCCUCUGCGUGCACCUCAAUUGGGUGUCUCGCAACUGCACCACCUUGGAGUCGUCCCGAGCCCCGACUUUCAAGGAACGUGGCGACUCAUUCGACCUCGGCAGGCUCAGAAAUUUUGCUGAGGUGUUCGGUUCACGACCGGACCUGUGGCUCGUUCCAGUGUUCACCAGCCUCGGCGAUGGAUCUCGGUUCCCGACGAGGCUCCACCCGGACAGGAACAGUAUCGGCCCGGCACCAGCGCCGCCUCCUAGUUCAGCCGCGACGAAGGACGGUGGGGACAAGGACGCAGAAACGGAGUCGGCCUUGACCACGACAGCGACGACCACCGCCGAUAAGUUCGCGAGAGACGUGGCUUCAGCUCCUCCCUUAGCUGUGACCCCGGAGAGAGCGGGCCUUCCCCAUCCUACGAAGCAGUCGGCGGGGCGCUCCGCUCACGGAGCACCCUCACGGAAAGCGUGAAUGCCAUUCUGUGCCAGCCUGUUGUUGACCUGUCGUGCCGACCAGGACUACAACAUGGUCCCAUCCGUGAAGGUACACUGUGAACGUGGGUGUAUCGGGAAGACCGACAGAAACCGUUGCUGCUGAUUGCGUCGACGCUUACAGAGCACGCACUCGGACGUGUGCUGCGGCGCUAUGUUCGCAGACUAUAUUUGUGUAUUCCACUAAAUUA